ACCCCAGCGCCACCCCGGAGCCGUUUGACCUCUUGCCUCGCACCCGCAUCAUGAGCCUUCAUUAUUCCCCUGGCCGCUGUGGGUAGUUUUCCUCCGUCUCCCACGCCUUCCUCUGCUCCCCUGCUCCCCUGCUCCCUUCGCACAAAAUCAACAUGGCUGCGCGGUCACAGACCGAGAAUGCUCGACCCGGGGACAUACUUGUCGUCGUCCACGAAUUUCAGGCACGUAGUCCUGACGAGCUGAGUCUGGGCCGGGGCGACCGCAUCAAGCUCGUUGAACGCGAUGACGACUUUGGCGAUGGCUGGUAUUUGGGCAUGAAUACAGAGACCGGUGAAACUGGUUUAUUCCCAGAAGUCUACACCCGUCUGGCAACCAAGCCUGCAGCACCCACCACCGCCUCUCACCAGCGAACACUGCCGCACUCCUCUGCUGAACCCCCGCAGCUUCAUCCCGAUUCUCAAUUGGCUGGGCCAGACGAUGCCACCAAUAGCCAACCCGCACGAUCAUCCAUAAACAGCACACCCGCCACGGGUAUCGAAGGAAAACCCGACGAGCUGCAUACCAGCCCUCUCCAAGUUGCGCCCACGACGUCCCAAGCGACUGCGUCUGGCCGCAGCUCGCUUCCCCCGACCACUCAGCGAAGUAUUGCUAUGGCCUUGAGCGGCGAUGUAGGCCAUGACGACGGGGUUUUGGCCAGUCCGGUCAUGCAUGAGACGCUGAGCGUUAUUGAUGAGCAUAUCACUGAUAUGAGCACACCACGACAAAGCCUCAUCUCAAAGGAUAUCCGCGCAAACGAUUCGGGGAGCGAGUACAGUAGCCACCAUCGCCUAUCCUAUAUCAAUGGCCAGGAGACAGAAGAGGAGGAGCAAAACUUGCAUACCGAAGAAGAGGUUAUGAGGUGGAGUCCAGCGCGUGUGGCAGAAUAUCUGGAAGAUGUGGGAGUGGAUAAGAAGCAUUGCGAGAUAUUCAAAGAGCAGGAGAUCACUGGAGAGGUUCUGUUGGGCAUGGACCAGGCUACCAUCUUUUUGAAGGAAUUCGAGUUGGGCCCAGUUGGUCCACGUCUCCGAACAUGGCUGAAAAUCAAAGCGUUACAGCAGGAAGUGAAGACACUCAAAGAGGUGUCCAAAACCCUUGUUCCAACCUUCGACGAAUCCAGGGAGCCCGACGCAGACCCUGUCCGAAACCGCGCAACAUCCAUGGGCGCCAUUCUUCCCAGGAUCCCGAACCUCCAUGAGGGUCAGGGAGCUCGAGGCUCUGCAAAACCUCUUCCUCGUGCGAACUCGUCCGCAUCACAUACACCAGCACCCAUCGUUGAUGCACCAUCACCCCUUAUGCACAGUGCCCCUUCUGCCCCAUCACCUGGGACUCCCACCCGACCGUCGGCUGCGUCGGUCCGUAGUUUGAACCACAACCGCCGCCACUCCUCCAUUGACUACUCCAUCAAUCCGCCCACUCCGAGUAAGGCUUCGCAUGCGUCCUCACCUGCUCACAAGAAGACCCCUUCUUUCGAUCGCAACUGGACCAUGGGUUUGGCUCAACCACUUUCACCACCUCAAGACUCGUUACGCCCGUCUUCCUCAAACCACGCGCAUAGCGCGAGCACAGACGCCACUAUCAACGAAGGUGGUGUAGGGCUUUCUUCGAUCGGUAGCGUUGACCUCGACCGAGGCUACUUCUCGGGAGGUGAAUUGGACAACAGAAAGAACCGCAACGUUCUUCGGAAACGGGACAGUUCAAAUCACUCGCGGAAUCCUAGUUAUGGCACCGAAAGUAUGCGGCGCGCAGGGUACAAUAAGCGGCACAGCAGGGUAGGAAGUACAGAUUCCACAAUGGAAUCCACGAGCCCAAUAUCCGCAGCAGCAAGGGCAUAUUACGGUUCGAGUAUCAGGAGCCACCGAAGCUCCGGUACAUUCGACUUCGUACGCCCCUUGAGACCCAUGAAUGAAGGAUCGCCUACAGUCACGAAGCUAGGUUAUGCAGACUCGCCAAGCAUAGACAAGAUCGCAAAUUCUCCGGGAAUUGCUGGCAGCGAGACGUCAUCCCAAGGACGUGCGUCACCUUCACCUGCAGCUCAUCAUCUUUCUUUCUUCAAUAAGAAGUCAAGAAGUUCGGGAUUGCGCGCCAUAUCGGAUGCCAUCACUGGGGGCGAGAAAGCUCACGCGAAUGCAGGUGCCAUCACCGCUUCGCCUGUUAAAGAAUCGCCUCUGCAAUCUCCGGCACGAACCGGCUCUAGCACGCCUUCUGGCACAUCUGCUACGAAGAGCCUCGAUCUCGAAAACGCCGACCUGAAGCGCCUCACUGGCAGCUCAGCUAGCGCGGGAGGGCGAAGGAAGUCGAAAAAGCAUGGAACUAGCGCAUAUCUUCGCGGCCGCGAAACCAUCACUCCGCAAGAGGCCAUACUGGGAUGUGAUUAUAGCGGAUGGAUGAAGAAGAAGUCUUCGAGCCUUAUGACCACCUGGAAGACGCGUCUAUUUGUCCUUCGUGGCCGACGCCUUUCCUACUUUUACACCGAGAAUGAUACCGAGGAGAAGGGGCUCAUUGACAUCUCAUCCCACCGCGUGCUUCCCGCCAACAACGAGAGGAUCACUGGGCUGCACGCAAGUCUCACCAGGGCGUCUUCAACACCGACGUCGCCUCAGAAUGCUACCAUUGCCACGGCAGCUUCGACUGAUAGUGCAAACGGCGGGGAUGACGACAUAUCCGGCAUGUUCAUCUUCAAGCUCGUCCCUCCUCGCGCUGGCCUGCAAAAAGGCGUUCAAUUCACCAAGCCCAUAGUGCACUACUUCGCCGUCGACAACGUUCAUCAGGGACGGCUGUGGAUGGCCGCGCUCAUGAAAGCCACCAUCGAUCGCGACGAAUCUCUCUCUGUAACGACCACGUACCAGCAGAAAACUAUCUCUCUGGAAAAAGCUCGGGCUACUCGACAACGGCCGCCGGCGCUUAUGGACGAUGCCGACGACGAGAAAGCAUCCGUGGGCAAGCGGUCGAAAGAGAGUAUUCAGGAAGACGUCAUCCAUGAAGAAGAUGGCGAGCAGGAAAGCGAGAAAGGACUCGCUAUCUCGGGAUUGGAUGAUGCUAAGGCGCUUCUGGACUUCGCGGAUGGUGCCGAGGCACCGCCGACACCGAAGUCGCCGCCUGCGGAACACGAGGCAAAGACGAGUGAGUCGGGUAGCUUGCCGCCUGGGCUGAUAUCUCCGGUGGGAUGAGCUCUCUGAUCUUUUUUGAUGUCAUUUUCAUUGCUUCGAUGCAUUUUGAUUUAUGAACCACCUCCCUUCCUUCAUCUAUUC